AUGAUAAAACGCACUAAAGUAUCUAUUACGAGGGAAAAACACGUCCGGGAUUACGUUCCGGAGGGAGCCAUUUCGUUCAACGACGAAGAUGCUGAGGGCAUCGUACAGCCUCACAACGACGCACUAGCAAUAUCUGUACUUAUCAAUAAAUCGCGGAUUAAACGUUUGCUGAUUGAUCCAUGUAGCUCGGCCAACAUCAUCAGAUCAAGGGUCAUAGAGCAAUUGGGGUUACAGGAUCAAAUCGUACCGGCAGUCCGGGUAUUUAAUGAAUUCAACAUGGCGUGUGAGACCACGAAAGGAGAGAUAACUUUGCCGGUAAACACUACGGGGACAAUCCAAAAAAUAAAGUUCUAUGUGAUCGAAGGGUAUAUGAGGUACAACGCUCUAUUUGGAAGGCCAUGGGUCCACAACAUGAGGGCGGUACCUUUGACUUUGCAUCAGGCGCUAAAGUUUCCCAUAUCCCGAAGGGAAUCAAAAAGGUCUAUGGAGAAUAGCCGGCCGCAAGGGAAAUGUUUGUUGAUGGCGAAGUGA